AUGCUCGUGCAAGCGACGUCGUCUCCCGAUUUCGUCAACUACCUCACAUUUCUCUUUGCUACGCCCCAAGUACCAUCCGCUGUUGGGGUUGACCAGAAUACCUACAAUGUCGUCCGUUUCGCCGCUGCCAUGAAUCUGAAGACGAAGAUUCAUGUGGCAUACACUACCAUCCCGCAACAGAGUCUAGCCUAUGUGCGAUCUGCCACCAUCCUCACGCUCCGAGACCCCAACCCGCAGGUACGGAAUUCGGCUGGAAGUAUCAUCGCGGAGUUGAUCCAGCGCGCGGGGUUGUUGGCAUGGCCAGAAGUGCUUCAGGAGUUGAUCUCGCUGGUGGGCAACAUGCCCGGGGAUGUGCCGGUGGUCGCCCAGGAGGCAGCGAUGUCGGCUCUCGCCAAGGUCUGUGAGGACAAUCGCAAGAUCCUCGACCGGGACUACCAGGGACAGCGUCCCCUAGAUGUGAUUAUACCCAAGCUUCUCGAGUUUACCCAGAGCCAGAGCCCCAACGUGCGCUCGAUGUCUCUGCAGACGAUCCACGUCUUUCUCCCGCAAAGACCCCAGGCGCUGAUCGCAUCGUUGGACCUCUUCCUGGCCCAGCUUUUCAGACUUGCCAACGACCCAAACACAGAAGUACGGAGGACAGUGUGCCAGAGUUUUGCGCAGCUGGUCGACUUCGCACCCGAGAAGCUAAUCCCCCACAUGGAUGGCCUGGUGAACUAUAUAUUGAUGCAGCAGCAUAACCCGGAAGACCCCGAACUCGCCCUGGAUGCAGCAGAAUUCUGGCUGGUGGCUGGUGAGCAACAGACGCUGCACGAGCCGCUGGCAGCCCACCUGCCCAAGAUCAUCCCCGUCUUGCUGCAGAGUAUGGUAUAUGAUGAAGACGAUGCCAUCAGACUUGCGGGCGAACAAGACGACGCGGAACAGGAGGAUCGUGAGGAGGAUCUAAAACCGCAGUUCGCCAAAUCCAAGGGAGCUCGUCUGGAACUAUCCAAGGGAGAUGGAGCUUCUGCUAACGGCAAUGCUGCCAAUACAGAGGACGAUGAUCUCAGUGAUGGUGAGAUUGAUGACUCUGAGUUUGGCGACGAAGAUCCCGAGGAUGAGUGGACGCUGAGAAAGUGCUCUGCCGCUGCACUCGAUGUUUUUGCCAACGUCUAUCACAAUCCCGUGUUCGAGAUCAUUCUGCCGUACUUGAAAGAUACUCUCCGUCACGAACAGUGGCCGAAUCGGGAAGCCGCCGUGCUUACACUGGGUGCUGUCGCUGAUGGGUGUAUGGAUGCCGUUACACCUCACCUUCCCGAACUUGUCCCCUACUUGAUUUCUCUUUUGAAUGAUGCCCAGCCCGUUGUCCGACAGAUCACUUGCUGGUGUCUCGGAAGAUACUCUGAAUGGGCCUCUCAUCUGGAUGAUCCCGUCCAGAAGGCUCGCUUCUUUGAGCCGAUGAUGGAAGGUAUCCUCCACCGGAUGUUGGACAACAACAAGAAGGUGCAGGAAGCGGCUGCGUCAGCCUUUGCCAGUCUCGAGGAGAAGUCUGAUGCCAACUUGAUCCCCUACUGUGAGCCCAUCCUACGGCAAUUUGUCCAGUGCUUCGGCAAGUACAAGGACCGCAACAUGUACAUCCUGUACGAUUGCGUGCAGACGCUGGCAGACCGUGUCGGUUCAGAACUGGCCAAGCCUAACCUCGUCGAUACCCUUAUGCCUGCUCUUAUUGAUCGUUACAACAAGGUUUCGGACCAGUCGAGAGAGCUCUUCCCGCUGCUGGAGUGUCUGGGUUACAUUGCCACCGCGUACGGAGAUGCUUUCUCGCCUUUUGCGCCUCCGUUGUUCCAGAGAUGCAUCAAGAUCAUCUACCAGAACCUGCAGGAAUAUAUGGCCGCCGUGAACAACCAGACGGGUGAGGAGCCGGACAAGGACUUCCUGGUCACCAGUCUGGAUCUCCUGAGUGCGAUCAUCCAAGCCAUCGACCCUCAGAAGAGCGGUGAACUCGUGGCGAACUCUCAGCCACGCUUCUUCGAUCUGCUAUGUUAUUGCAUGGACGACCCGAACAACGAGGUCCGCCAGUCAUCAUACGCUCUUCUGGGCGACUGUGCUAUGAACAUCUUCCCUCAACUCCAACCAUUUAUUUCUAAUAUAAUGCCUAUCUUGAUCAAGCAGCUGGAUCUUGAUCUCAUCCGGGACGACGAGUCGCAGACUGGCUUCAGCGUUCUCAACAAUGUCUGCUGGUCAUGUGGAGAGAUUGCAGUGAAAAAGGCGGAUCUUGCGCCUUACGUCGACAAAUUAUACCAAGGACUGCUGAUCAUCCUCAGCAAUGAGGAGAUUCCGGACUCGGUGAAUGAAAACGCCGCGCUGGCCCUGGGUCGACUCGGUGUAUGCUGCUCGGACCAGCUUGCACCACAUCUGGCCGAGUACGCCGACGUUUUCCUGAAGUCGAUGGCCAAGAUCGACUUUACCCGUGAGAAGGCAUCCGCAUUUCUUGGCUUCAACCAGGUUGUCAUGAAGAACCCGCAGGCAAUGGAAGCGUGUCUGGCAGAUUAUUUCCAGGCGAUUGCCAUGUUCCCAAGCAAAUCUCUUGGCCAGGAAGACUACCAUGAUAUCCAGAGUUCAUUCCAGCAGGUCCUUCAAGGCUACAAAGAUAUGAUACCCAAUUUCGACUCCUAUCUCUCCCAGCUUCCGGCUCCUGUCACGCAGAAGCUUCGUUCCGUAUACCAGAUUUAA